CCAACCAAGAUGCAGCUCAGAAUAAUGGACAUGCCCGCUUCUUGGGACGACUAAACACCCAGAAGUAUAUAAAAGGGCAGCAGUACACCAGCAGACCUCAACCCUCAGAAUCCAUCCCAAAUUAUCCAUCCCAUUGCUUCUCAGAAUGUCUGGCUUGUCUCCCGCUCCCAUGCCCAAGACCCUUUUGGGUUUCCACCAGGUGCUAUCACCCACCGGGGGAAUCAAAGUCUCCCCAUUAUGUCUCGGUGCCAUGAACUUCGGAACCGCCUGGGAACCCUACAUGGGCGAAUGCAGCAAGGAAGCUUCCUUCGCCAUCCUAGACACCUUCUAUAAAAGCGGCGGAAAUUUCAUCGAUACCGCCAACGCCUAUCAAGACGGCCAAUCCGAAGAAUGGAUCGGAGAAUGGAUGAAGCAACGCAACAACCGAGACCAAAUGGUAAUCGCAACCAAAUACACCACCGGCUUCCGACGCACCCAAACAACGACCAUCCCCCUCCAAUCCAACUACGUCGGCAACUCCACCAAAUCCCUCCACCUCUCCGUAACCCAAAGCCUCAAAAACCUGCAAACCAGCUACAUCGACAUCCUCUACAUCCACUGGUGGGAUUUCACCACCAGCGUGGAAGAAGUCAUGCAUAGUCUCAAUGCCCUCGUUCUCGCCGGAAAGGUCCUCUACCUCGGUAUUUCUGACACGCCGGCGUGGGUGGUGGUCAAGGCGAAUGCGUACGCGCGGGCCAAUGGACUGAGAACGUUCUCCGUGUACCAGGGAAGAUGGAACGCGGCGGAACGCGAUCUUGAGAGGGAGAUUGUGCCCAUGUGUUUGGAUCAGGGGUUGGCGGUUGCGGCGUUUUCGGUGUUGGGGCAGGGUCGGUUGAGGGUUGGGGUGGAAGGGGAGGAGGAACAGGAGUAUACGGGUUCGACGCGGGGAAAGGUGCAGACUGAGACGGAUGUGGUGAUUUCAAAGGCGUUGGAGAAGGUUGCGAAGCGGAGGGGGGUGUCGUUGCAUGCUAUUGCAAUCGCAUACAUCCGCUUCAAAGCCCCCUACAUCUUCCCCAUCAUCGGACAACGCAAACUCGAGCACCUGAGAGCCAACAUUGACGCCUUGAAAAUCGAUCUCUCCAAGGAAGAGAUGGAUGAAAUCGAUAAUGCUCUUCCAUUUGACCCGGGAUUCCCGAUGAACUUUGUUCUUGGUGAUGGGUUCAAGACUUUGUUCACGGCUGCGGAUGUGACGGCGACCAAGUGGACGGCGCAUAUUGAUGCCCCGACGCCGGUUAUGCCCGUGAGGCCGAGGAGGGAUUUUCGGGGUGGGGAGUGAGGUGGUGGGGGGAUAGUUUUGGGUUGGGUUUGGGGUGGAGAAUGGAUUGUUUGUGAGGAUUGUCGUGUGUAGAGUUUUGACUUUGAUUGGCAUAUGUGAUAUUCUUACAAGCCUUCGUUGUUGCUGAGCCGGAUGGAGGUAGAUAAGAGAUCUAUCGAUAGACUUCGAGGAUAAUCACUUUGAUAGAUGAACUUGUGAAAUGGUCAGCUAUCGUUCGUAUAUUGCUCCGGUUCCCGGAAGCUUAUGGCGUGGGGUUGUACAAAAACGAUACAGAUGACCGUAUCCAAGGCGAGGUGUCAGCACAUGUUUGUUAUUGUUUACUAGUAACUAUCCGCUCGAUAAUGUUUUGCUCAUUCUCAUG